GGGUAUGAGAUGCUAUUAAUUGUAAUAUGGGGGGUGGGGGUGAUAAGCAAGCCAAUGCGAAGUUGGAUGUUGAAUAGUGCAUAGAUUUUUCCUCCAUUGUCUUGAUCUCCAAACAAUAGCAUUCUCACCCAUCAAAGACAUAUUAAAGUGGGUGGAUUCUGGAAAAAUCAUUUCCAGAAGAUCUGUGUUAGGUGUCAUCGCAUCAUCCGAUUUGGCUAUAUUAUCUUUAGAAAUGUCAAGGCCUUGUAUAAAACUACUUAACCCUUUAUGACUACGUUAAAUGCUAAUGAGUUACUGUAUAACUUGGUUACUAAGUAUUUGGGUAAGAGGUUUAGACCCAUAUAAGGGGCUUAUUCUGUGUGUGCGCGCGCGCGCGAGACACUGUGAGCCAAGUUAAAUGGUGGAUUUUUUCCCUCAUCCAUGUCCCCUCAAUGUUAGCGUGAAGUUUCCUCGUGUGUUGAGCAAUUUCCCACCUGAUCAAUUUAUUUCUCAUUUUUUUAGUAAGAAAUUCAUUGAAUUAUUGGGUUGUAGUAUCAGGUAUGUGUUCACUGGGCAACAUAUAGACGAAGAGUUCACCAAUCAAAUACUGGCAACAAUGCUCUAUCUUGACUUUGUCGAUUCUUGCAAAAGGAUGUAUACGUACAUCAAUGAUCCCUGUGGAGAUCUAAAAAGAUGCACCAUUUUUGAAGCUCACUCCAAGCAUGGCUGCAUGGGUAUCUAUGACACAAUGCAGAGCUUGAAAAGUCCUGUUGGCACCCGCCUUUUGGGCUAUGCCUAUAAUUUGGCAGGCUUUCUGCUUGCAGCUGGGGAGAAGGGAAAUCACUUUGCAAUGCCCCUUUCAAAAAUGUCCCUACAGUCUCCUCGUGGUAUAUAUCAUCAUCAUCAUAGAAAAUUUGUUGUAAAUAAGCUUCCUACUGCACUUUUUUUCUUUACUUAUAGUUUAUAUAUGGAUGUGUUUCUUUUUGCAGGCUAAUGACAUUUAUCACAAACCAAAUGAGUUUCUCAGAAUCAGAGGUUACCUUUGGUUGUCAUUGAACUUUGUGAUAUUUUUCUGAUUGAUUAGUCCACUAUAUCUUACCCUUAAUAUGAAGAUUAACAAGGACUUAAGCUGGAUGAAGCGCUUCAAUGCCCAGGAGGCUCUGGAAUAUGGGCUCAUUAAUAGGAGCCUCCUGUAUCAAGGCAGACGCACCGCGUAAAGAUGCAGGCACAGGUCUUGGUUAAAAAAUUUGUUAUUUGUGCACCACGUUGGUUGCCAACUGUGAUACAUUGAGAAUGAUUUGUAGCAUUAUGCAUUCACUUACAUAAUACGACUUCCAUUCAGUAAUUGAUGCGUAUCUUUUGUGAUCAACUGAUUAAUCUGAAAUCAAUUAGUGUCAUCGGGGCUUCCAAAAACCAUUAUUUUGUCUAAAGAAUGAUUUAUUAAU